CCCGGCACAGAUGUGGCGGCUCCUGACGUCAUAGGAAGGCGCCGGUUACCCAAGAGGCGGUGGAAGAUUGCACGUGGGCUCGGAUUUGGAAACUUUCUUCCUGGGCCAUGGAUACUCCGUUAAGGCGCAGCAGACGGCUGGAGGGCCUACAGCCUGAAUCCCCUGAGAGCCUCACCGCGGUUUCGCGGGAGACACGGGCCCUUGUGGAGUUUCAGUCGAGCCCAGAUGAAACGAGGGAGCCCGAGUCACCUACGAGUGUGCAGCAAGCUGGCCUGGGGUCCCCCCAACGUCAGCCGGAGACAAGUCCGGGAUCUCCCAGUCUGCAGCAGAGUGCAGCCUUGGGGUCCCCCCAAAGGGAGCCAGAGCCGGGCCCAGGGUCCCCCCAGCGUCAGCAGGAUCUAGGCCUUCAGUCGCUCCAAAGACAGCCAGAGGCGAAUCCUGAAUCCCCCCGACGUCAACCAAAGCCAAAUGAGGAGUCACCAAAGUUCUCUCAGGGCCUGGGAGAACUGGCCUCGGAGUUGGCCCAGAGUAAGGAGGAGCCGACCCCGGAAGCCCCCCAAAAUCAGCCGCAGCCGGCCCCAGGAUCCCCAGAGCCUUACCCCGGUCAGCCAGCACCGGGUCCGGAGCCCUCGCGGCCACUACAGAGGCUGACACCCGAGGCACCAGGCUCCCCCCGGGGUCAGCACGAGCCAAGCAAGCCACCUCCGGUCGGUGAGACGGUGACAGGCGGCCUGGGGGAGAAGAAGCGAAAAAGUUCUUCAGCCCAGGACCCAGUGUGCAAGAGGUUGAAGGAGGAGGAGGAGCUUCCUGUAAUCCCGAAGGGGAAGCCCAAAUCGGGGCGAGUAUGGAAGGACCGAUCCAAGAAAAGGUUCUCCCAGAUGGUUCAGGACAAGCCCCUGCGCACGUCCUGGCAGCGGAAGAUGAAGGAGCGGCAAGAGAGGAAGCUGGCCAAGGACUUCGCCCGGCACUUGGAGGAGGAGAAGGAGAGGCGCCGGCAGGAGAAAAAACAGCGCCGAGCUGAGAACCUGAAACGCCGCCUGGAGAAUGAGCGGAAGGCAGAGAUUGUCCAAGUGAUCCGAAACCCCGCCAAGCUCAAGCGGGCGAAGAAGAAGCAGCUGCGCUCCAUUCAGAAGCGGGACACCCUGGCCCUGCUGCAGAAGCAGCCACCCCAGCGGCCAGCGGCCAAGAUCUGAGCUCAGGACGCCUUCCAAGGCCUACAGCCGUGUCAGACACAGCGCUCUCGGGCCACUGGUCAGACGCCUCUGCUGGAGCUGGCUGUCCAACUCUGUGGCUCUAAAACAGGGACCUCACCACAGCCGGGGCUCCUGGGCCUUUGAAGGCGUGUGGACAAGCCUCGGGACAGAGGCCCAAAAGGAACCUGGGACCUGGCAGCGAUGGGGGAGGGAAGAGGUUCAGCCCCCCUCAUUCUCCCUCCUUCUCUAAGUGCCUUUGGUCCCAGAACAGCAAAUUCUCUGCUUCCUCAGGGAGCUGGUGAUGGAGAGUGACUCCGCCCACCAGGCCCGGCAGGCGGUCAGGGAUCCAGCUCCCGGCACACGGCACACUUUCCCAAGGCACACUUUCCCAAGGCUGCCGUGGCUGCCUCUGAGCCCCACCUACCCUGCCACCCAGCAAACCGAGUCCGGCCCCUCCGCACUUUCAGCACUGAAGGAUUCAAACAGGGAGGUUGCUGGGAGCGGGGUUUCUCUCUAGCACCCCCUUUCCCAAACCAGCUUCUGCAGAAGCCCCAAAGAUCCAAGUUGUGCCCAGCCAGUCUACAACAGAAAUAUUUAUGGAACGCCUCUCGUGUAUUGUACAAUUCUAGGCACCAGGGAAACAGAGAAAAGCCCCUGCCCUCCAGGGCUUUCAUCCUGCUGGGGAGAACAUAAUAAACAAGUCAAACACA